CUCAGCUCAGAGGGAGGAAGGACGGCAGAGCUGACAGGACAGGACGGCAGUGCUCCUGAGCGUUUCUGGAGCAGAAGCUCUUCCCCCAGAGGGAGGGACGCACCGGGCAGCAGGCACCAUGGAGCCCCCGUCGGCCCCUCCCCGAGGAGGACGCGUCCCCUGGCAGGAGGUCCUGCUGGCAGUCUCACUCUUAACCUUCUGGAACCCGCCCACCACUGCCCAAGUCACUGUGGAAUCGGUGCCGCCCAGUGUUGCUGAAGGGAAGGAUGUUCUUCUGAUCGUCCACAAUCUGCCUGGGGAUCCAGUAGGCUAUGGCUGGUUCCGAGGGGAAACUGUAGAGCCCAGCAGUCAAAUUGUAUCAUAUGCAGUAGACACAAAUGUAACUACCCCAGGGCCUGCACACAGCGGCAGAGAGACAAUAUACCCCAAUGGAUCCCUGCUGUUCCAGAACAUCACCCUGAAUGACACAGGAUACUACACCAUACAAAUCACAAAGAGAAAUGUUCAAGUUGAUCAAGGAACAGGACAGCUGCGCGUAUUCCGGGCUGAGACCCAUGUUCUAUCCCUCUGACCACCAGCCCCUCAGGCCACUGCCAGAGAGAAAACUGGUGGCCAGUGCACACACAUCUGAGGAGAGCCAGUGGAGUGAGGUCGGGGAGCAAUCGCCCGAUGUACAAAUGGAUCCCAUGACUGCUAGAAACAUCGUGUACUAGUUCAGAAGAAAACUUCUCAACGUCCUUCUGACCAUCAGGGAUUCAAGGAGAUGGCUGUUGAACUCCCAUGGAAAGGGUGCCGGCAGAAGAAGAAAGACUUCCCAGAAAUUAAAAAAACAAAUAAACACACAAAAAAUUGA